AUGGGCAUCUUCCACAAGCUCCCGCCAUUGCCAAAAAAGAGCGUCAGUCGCGACCAAGUUCGCCGCGCAAUCGAAGAACGCUUCGAUAUUCCGUCAGACUUUCACUUCUAUCUAGCUAUUGAGUCUAUUAUUCACAUUCACCCCGACUUCGAUGCUGCUGUCGCAAGGAUUUUCAAGGCUGAUAAGAAGGCUCAUGUGUUCCUUUUAUCAACUUCGAACCGUAAAGUUUGGAGAAAUCAGCUUCAAGAACGGAUGGAAUCAGCGAGUGUCGACCCAGCUCGGCUUCACUUUCUCACGGACGUCGAUCAGAAACAAGAAACAAUGCUGAUGCGAGCAGCAGACGCCGUUGUUGCGAGUUUGCACAUGACGCGGCCCCGAGCUUCAUUGCAGGCUUUUGCAGCUGGCGUUCCUGUUGUGACUUUUCCGAGUGAACUCUGGGCCUCGAGAAUCACGUACGGGUUUUAUCAGCAAAUGGGGAUCAACGACCUGGUUGCUUCCUCUUUGGACGAGUAUGUGGAAUUGGCAAUUAAGCUAGCCACCGAUACAACUUUCCACAAGAAGAUGGAGCAGCUCAUCAAGCGCAACAGAUCUAAACUAUCUGAAGAUGUGCAAGCAGUCAAGGAGUGGGAGAAGUUCUUCGACUUUGCGGGCCAGCAAAUUUUCCCCAGCGGUGAACAGUACUCGGGCUCCGACUGGGGGUGGGGCCAAAGUAAUGGACUCGAGGGAUUGGAUGAUUGGGGCCGAGUCGAAGGUGUUGGGGAUGUUGUCGAGUGGGCUUCCAUUGAGAAUGCUGACGGAACACUUGAGUGGAUCCCAGUUGAGAAAGUGGAGAAAGAGUAA